AUGGAUUUAGCUCGACUACCUAACGAUAAGAAACUGCAACUGUGCCGAUGGUAUUUCAAAGUGGGCUGCUUGCUGCUGCCAUUUGUGUGGGCAGUCAAUGCCAUCUGGUUCUUCAAAGAGGCAUUUAUGAAGCCCCCAUAUGAUGAACAGAAGCAAAUUAAAAAAUAUGUCCUAAUGAGUGCAGUGGGAGCUAUAGCCUGGGUAGCUGUGUUCGCGAUCUGGAUCACAGUGUUCCAGUUACAGAGGGUAUCCUGGGGCGCUACGGGAGAUGCGCUCUCCUUCAUAGUGCCGCUCGGACGCGCCUAG